AUGAUUGACUACAUCGUCGGUCCCUUCCAAUACCCUUUCAUGCUCCGUGCCCUGAUUGUGUCGGUCCUGGUGGGAUUCCUGCUGCCGGUGGUUGGCGCCUAUAUCAUCACCCGGGGUCGGGCCUUUAUGAGCGAUGCCCUGGCUCACUCCCUGGUGGCCCCCGUCGCCGUCGCCGCCCUCCUGGGAUUUACGUCCUACAUAACGGCCGUCCCCGGGGGCGUCGCCAUCGCCCUCCUGAUGGGUUACCUCAGCCGCCAGACAGGGCAUCAGCGACGACACCUCUAUCGGACGUGGACAUUAACCCCGGGGCAGUCGAUCAGUAUUGAAGACCUUCUGCUUGGGCAAGUUCUUGCCGUGUCCCAGACCGACGUCCUGGUGACCCUGGUCCUGACCAUUGCCGUUGCCGUUGGAGUUUACCUGUUCCACCGGCAACUGGUAUUCACCACCUUUGAUCCGGUGGGAGCCAGCGUAGUUGGAAUCCGAACGGGAAUUGUCGAGUAUGUGCUCUUGGCCCUGCUGGCCCUGGUCAUCGUGAGCGGUUUGCAGGCAGCCGGCAUCGUUCUGGUCAUGGCCAUGCUGGUGAUACCAUCGGCUACGGCUUACCUGCUGGCCCGCCGGUUUGUGGGCGUUAUUCUCGUUGGCGCUGCCAUAGGGGUAAUCUCGGCCAUCGCGGGCUUGUAUCUCUCUUACUACGCCAACUGGCCCUCGGGCCCGGCCAUGGCGCUGGUGGCCGCCACGGUCUUUGGGGCCGCGACGCUUCACAAGCGCACCUUCACCGUUCGCGCCGACGAGUAG